AUGAGGCCACCGAGCGGCGGCAGCGGCGUGCGCGCGGCGGCCGCGCGGUCGCCGGCCGCCUCGUUCCUGCUGGCCGCGGCGGCAGUGGCGUCGCUCGUCGGCGGGUUCUACUUCUGGUUGGUGGUCUCGUCGUUCCGGCUCCCCGACUCGGGCGCCGCCGGGUGCCGCCCCGACGGCGAGGGGUCGUGGGCGGUCGGGAUGUUCUACGGCAGCAGUCCCCUCGCGCUCCGUCCCAUCGAGCUGGAAGGGAGAAGCAACGGCAACAGCUCGGCGUGGCCGGUGGCAAACCCCGUGCUGACCUGCGCGACCGCCACGGAGGCGGGGUACCCGAGCAACUUCGUUGCCGACCCGUUCCUCUACGUCGAGGGGGAUACACUAUAUCUUUUCUUUGAAACAAAAACAACAACCUCAAUGCAAGGUGAUAUUGGAGUUGCAAGAAGCUUCGACCAAGGUGCAACGUGGGAAUUUCUGGGCAUUGCUCUAGAUGAGGCAUGGCAUCUGUCAUAUCCUUUUGUGUUCAAGUAUGAGAAUGAGAUUUAUAUGAUGCCAGAGGGAAACAAAAAGAAGGAGCUGCGCCUUUAUCGUGCUACAAAGUUUCCCCUUGAAUGGACAUUAGAGAAAGUUCUUGUCAAUAAGCCACUUAUUGAUGCCUCAUUAGUCCAAUUUGAGGGAUACUGGUGGCUAUUUGCUUCUGAUUUUACACGGUAUGGCGUUGAGAAGAACGCGGAGCUUGAGAUUUGGUACAGUAACUCACCUCUUGGUCCUUGGACUGAGCACAAGCAAAAUCCUAUCUACAAAUCGGACAAAAGUUUGGGAGCUCGAAAUGGCGGGAGGCUCUUCGUUUUUGAAGGGUCAUUAUAUCGCCCUGGUCAGGAUUGCAGUGGUACUUAUGGCCGGAGGGUUAAGUUGUACAAAGUUGAAAAGUUAAGCAAGGAAGAAUACAAAGAGGUCCCUGUAAAUCUUGGGAUUGAGGAGCCAAAGAAAGGGAGAAAUGCAUGGAAUGGCAUGAGGUACCAUCACAUGGAUGCACAACAACUUGCAUCUGGUGGAUGGAUUGCUGUAAUGGAUGGUGAUCGAGUCCCUUCAGGCGAUUCAACCAGACGUUCUCUCAUUGGUUACAUAGCUUUCCUGUUGGCCAGUGCCCUUAUCAUUUUUGUGGGUUUUAUGAAAGGUGCAAUCAGUUGCUACAUUUCUCCCAGUUUAUGGGUUCCUCUUACAAGGAGAACAGAAUUAUCCCGUAUCUUCUGUGUGCACCGCUUCAACCAGAAAGUCCGCAGAUAUUCUACCAGUAUUAGCAGAUAUAUCUCUGCUACUAAAACCAAGCUCAGUGAAAAGAGUUGGUCCAACAUGCUUUUCUUCUGUGUAGUUGCUCUAUUUGGUAUCUUGAAUGUCUGCAUUGCUGUGCAUUUCUUAUGUGGUGGCAAUGGUGCUGAAGAGGCAUACACAUAUCAAGGGCUACACUCUCAAUUCACCAUGGUCACAAUGACAUAUGAAGCUCGACUCUGGAAUUUGAAAGUAUUCAUUGAACACUACUCCAGAUGUGAAUCAGUUAGGGAGAUAGUUGUUGUCUGGAACAAAGGUAACGCUCCAAGUAGUGACGCAUUUGACUCUACUGUGCCUGUGAGGAUAAGAGUUGAGGAGAUCAAUUCUCUUAACAACAGAUUUAGGGUUGAUCCUCUGAUAAAGACCCGAGCUGUUUUUGAACUGGAUGAUGAUAUCAUGAUGACUUGCACUGACUUAGAGAAAGGAUUUAGGGUCUGGAGAGAACACCCUGAGCGGAUGGUGGGCUUUUACCCCCGGAUGAUAGAUGGCAACCCUAUGCAAUACAGGAACGAGAGAUAUGCUAGGGGUAAGAAUGGCUACAAUCUGAUACUCACAGGUGCUGCCUUCAUGGACAGUGAGUUUGCUUUCAAGACUUACUGGAGCGAGAAAGCUCGUGAAGGGAGGGACUAUGUGCACAAGAACUUCAACUGUGAGGACUUGCUCAUGAAUUUUCUGUAUGCGAAUGCAAGCUCCACAAGGACCGUGGAGUAUGUCCACCCCGCAUGGGCUAUUGAUACAUCCAAGCUUUCUUCUGUUGCUAUUAGCCGGAACACUCAGAAGCACUAUGAUAUCAGAACAAAUUGCUUGGCAAAGUUUUCCUCCAUAUAUGGUCCCCUCCCUCAGAAAUGGGAGUUUGGCAUGCGUGAAGAUCAUUGGGACAAAUAG